GUUUGAUUAACUUUGUCCCUUCACUGAUAGCCAUCAUUACAUCCUGAAAUAGUAGAUUACAGAAUGUUGCCAAAACUAUGAAUGUAUGUAAUAUACCUUAGUGUGGUGACACUAGGGUACACUGUAAAUUUUCAAUAAAACCAACUAGUUUCUCUUGAAUUGAUUUCAGCAAAUAGAAUGAUCCUCAACUAACUAGCAAUAUUUACCAUUAGGUGUUCAGAAAUUUCUAGCAACGUCACAGCCAUCUUUGAUGGUACAUCUAUCAAAGCUUGGAUCUACUCCUUAGCUUGCUUGACAUGUUCUUUUCCAAUCCCAUACGCAGACGUUCCUAUCUCCAGUCUAAAACUGUUAUUAGAAAUAGUCCACACGCACAUAAUUUCACUAUUGCGAUAUGUUUUCUACUUUUACUCGCCUAUCUUAUUGUAUAACUUUUAUUGCUUCCUGCGGUGUAUUCAGAUAAGCAGUACAUCUAAAGCAAUACAAUGUAUGAUAAGUUACAAUUUUAAUGGUAAUUUCUGCAGUUAAGAAGUCCUGUCAACGUGGUCAUUUUAAAGGGUCCACUGGUAGGUGGCAUCCUGUUAGCCUUAAAUCAAUGUGAAAAGUCCGCUCACUAUUUUCAGUACAAUGGGUGACUAGUUUAAAACCACUUUAGCUAUUUAGACAAAGCCCUUUUUAUGUAGAGACCAAAGAUAGGCACUAAAAGAAUCAGACUCGUAAACUAAUCUAGUUAUAUCUCUCUAAAAGCAAUCACAACCUUGCCAGUGUGAUUGUUACAAGUAAACCAAAAAUGAACAUCUCAGUAUUAAAGUCAUUGAGCCUCAAUAUAGACUGCGUCCUGGUGAAGUCUUUUGUAAAUGUAUGGUUUGUUAAAGUUAAUUAGUUUGAGGAUUUUGGCGGUUAAUACUUCUGUGUUUUGGACGUGACUUUUCAGGAUGAUUUAUCAGCAGCUCCACAAGAAUCAAACCCAAGAAUCACGUUUUAUAAAUAUCUGAGCGUUAGCAACUCACGCAUGCCACGUGCUUCUUCCAUCUUAACCUGUGUCAAAAGUGUCACUUGUCAUAUGAAAAAAACAAUCUUUUAAGUUGCUUAGCUUACUUUUGUCAUGCCUCGCAUUAAUUUUACAUCUUGGAACGCACGCAAUAUUGAAAUUUACGUCGUAAUCUUCGUUAUAAAUUCGAUAAAGCGUGGUCUUCGAAAUAGCGUCUCUAUCAAAUGUGUACCAAAAUAUUUUCUAAAACUGACAAUUAAAUCCUUCAGGUUAAGUGCCUUCAGGUCAGUUCAUAGCUAUAGUUGACUGUGAAGCAGUUUUUAUUUGCAGCCAUAGGUUUUAAAAGUUCAAUUAACCUUAUAAAUAUAUCUAGAAAAUGGCUUUGAAAAAAGCAAACAUUUCGCAACAUACUACUUAAAUCUUUUUCGUCUGACUUUCUUCAGUGUAUGAAAAGUCAGAAUAAGUGUCCGAAAUAACACAACGGAAAAUGCAUAUCAAAUUGUGGAUCGAAAUAGGCCAAUCAGAACAACGCAGUUACAUGACUGGCAUAGUUGUCCAAUAAGUGCUGCGUGCUGAUAGAAAAAUUACCAAUGGGGAACAAGAGAGAAAACGAACUCCUUCUGUCACACCAUGGGGGAUUUUUUGUUUGUAUGUAGAUCGAUUCCAAAACUGCUAGAUUAAAAGAAGACCGGGAUCUGCCAAUUAUCUGAAAUAUGUCGUCAUUUUGGAGUUUUGCACAAUCUAGCAAAUAUAACUAGGCCAAAUUUUCAUAAUAAGACAUGGCUGCCUAAGUUUAUGCAGUUAUUGAUGCACUUUUUCAUUGUCCAAUACAGUGUCAUGAAAAAUCAACGAAGAACUUGCUUUUUAACGCCAUAUAAACUGAACUAUAAUUAAUCUAUCGACAUUAAGCUUCUUUGUCUCCAGCCUUUUUUACACAAUUCAGCUUUCUACUAGCAUUUAUUAUACUUCAACUAGUAAGGUUUCAUUAAGUUUUAAUAGUUCAUAAUUAUACAGUUCCUCGUGUUUUUUCUGCCCAACUACUCAUAUUUGCAAAAAGGAAUGUACAAUAAAAAAUAACAGAGAUAAGGAACCGAAGUUUCUUUUGUGUUGCUAGACGAUAAAGGCGAAUAAUCAUUAUACAAAGUAGUUGGUUUUCGACCAUAGAAUCUAAACCAACGCCAUGCAAUGCAUCGAAAUUCGACCUAUGAAAAGGCAUUGCCAUUUCAAAAAAAUUGUAGCCUAGUUUUGGCUCUUACUUCAUUGAAACAGGUCAAAUCAGCAGUAGAUGUUAGCAAAGCUCAGGUUAUCCAAAUUAUUAUCCAAAUUGAUUUAAUGUUAUUUAGUAUCCGAAUCUAUGUUUAUGACGUCAUCAAAUUGUAUUUUAUUGAUACAAAAAGAUGAUAUUUGAUUGAAAAACGAUGGCUAAUGGUGUGGAAGGGUUAUAUCUUGAAGUAAUGCAGCUGAAUCAGAACCUAAUUCGCAUAGUCUAAUACUGCCUUUCAAUUAUAGACCAAACACAGGGGAAUAGUUGUGUCUAAUCAUUUUACGCUCAAGAUUUUAUUACCGUUAAGCUCAAGACAACACAGUUUGUACGUCUUUAAAAUGAACACCGUUUGUAGUUUCGAAACUGCAAGUAGAGAUUUCAUUGCAUUUUCUGCGUAAAUUUAUCAUCAUUAGCAUCGCAAUUUCAAGAAAUUGUGACCGAAAAAUUUUUGUUAAGCUUACGUUUACCAAUAGGUUCGUACCAGUUAAUGAGAAUGUCAUCAAUGUUGAAGCAGAAAAAUAGGACAACAUUAUUUUUUCCGAAUCAUAGCUAUACUUUAUUUCAUAAUUUUGCUUAAGGUAGUUCCAUUCACUCUCUUUAGGUACUGUAUAGACACGGCCUUAUCGCUAGUAACUUUUAACUGUUUUAAAGUUGUUCAUAUCAGGAGACGGUUGAGACCACUAACCAAUUAGAUAUAUAUCAGCUGGAAGUUCUUUUUUUCAAAACCACACUGAUAAACCCGUAUUAGAUACUGAAUAAUUAAAAGUCUAUAUUAAGAGUCGUUUUCAGCUGAGAUUUAAAGUGUGCCAUGUAGGCUACGGUUUUAGCUAGUAUUCAUUUAAAACGCUUUUCAUAGAAUAUAGGAUUUGACCACCUUGUGAGUUCAGUAUUUCUGAAAACACCACCAAAGAAACAGCGACCAUAAUACGCUUUUCAAUAUUUUGUUUAUAUUUCUAAGUAAAAAAUAAACCUUUAGCAAGGAUUCGGUAAUUUUAGGCGAGAAUUUCUAACUAUUUGCAAAUUUGCCAGGUCACCCAAUCUGCAUAAUGUACCAAGAGCUUGUUUGUGAAACAACAGAAAGAUGUCUUUUUGUCGGUUCGACUCGUAAAAUAUCUUGAAAUUUUCGCAAAGUUGGCUCUGGCAAAUCUAAAAGUGAAACAUGCUUUCUUUUGUUUUCAGAAUUUCCUUGCAUUCGACUUGUAUUUCAUUGCGGUUUUUAACCUACGCUUUCCUAUGCUUAUUUUAAAGAAACUGGGUGUUGUAUUAAAACACGUGCUUUCUGUGUUCUUUUUGCACCCUUUGACUCUGCUGAAACUAACAUUGGGUUUAUUUGGUCAUUCUGCACCACGGUUUACAAUCAAAAUUAAACCAGAAUUAAACUACAGUUUACAAUCAUUACCGUAGAGUUAUUAAAUAUACUUGUAGAGAAUCAACUUACUAGUGCCGGAACAGGCUAAAUUUUUUGGCUUCUUUUUAGCUAAUCCGUUCGAUCGAAAAUAAAUCAUUUCCAGUUAUAAUCUCAAUGUCAAAGCCCCUAGAGCUUUGAUCAAAUUGUUUUGGUUUGUUUAUUAGUGGUUUUUCUUUACUUAAUUUAUGCCUUUUUUCUUUGAUUCGUUUAAGAGAAAUUUUUCAAUGCAACGAGAAAGUAAGCCAUCUUCAUUUUCCCCUUUUUUUCUCGCAAAUAAUCUAAUGGUGAAUAAAUUGAUGCCCUUCUCUUUCUAUAAUUUUAAGAAUGAAAAUAAAGUGCGCAAAUUAGCUCCUACUCUGUAAGCUUUGUGUUUGAUUACUUUUGCGACACCUUAUUUAGCAUUGUCUCUUUAAACACUAAACCAGUCAAUGAAUAACAAAUGAAAAUUUUCGUUAUGAAUGUUUUUAUAAUUUCCGUGAAAUCUUAUUAGCAAUCAAUCUCAAUUUCCUGUUAAUUAGAAAUUAUAAAUUUUAGAUCAAGUUUUAAUUCUGCAAUUGCUGCUCCAAAGUCUGCUUCGACUUGGUAGGUAAAUACUUUAAAAAUAACUGUUCAAUCAUGAUAUGAACCCCUUUAAAAUCCGUAAGAAGCUACUUGAAGUUGCUUCUAACCAGACAAAAUGUAUAUAGUUGCCAUCCGAUUAACGAUUUUCAGAAUGCCAAUAAAGCUAUUACUUGUCGAUUAAACGUUUGCAUAAAUUGCAGGGCGAUUUUGCAUGGAUAAUUCGAAACAGAAUAUUUCUUUUCUGAAACUAUAGCAGGCUAGCAGAAGGGCGCUAGCGAUCGCGAUAAUCACAUCGUUGUAAAAAACACAUGUCCUGCUUGUAGCAAAGCCACAGAAAUUCAAAAGACAGGAGAAAUACAGAAAGGGAAUAAAGGCGAUCGUGUGGCGAUUGAGGCCUUAUAACUGUAGCGUAAUUGUUAUCUAGACAAUUUGGAUUGACUCCUCCGUCAAUAGCCAAUCAUAUCGCACGAAUAUUUCAGUGCUUCGUGGACGGGGGGCUUCGACUUACCAGCCGCAAGUCAAAUUGACAUUGUGGCGUCCGUGUAGUCACUCAGUUUGUAAGCUUUGACACAGAAGCUUGUAAAAUAUUAGCUGUGUAGCAAGAUAGAAAACAAACAUGUCAUACAAAUUGCCUAGCACUGCAUCGUGCAAUGAAAUAGCUGAUAAGCAAGUUUUAUCCAAGGCAAAGAUGUUAGAUGAUAAUAAUCGACUUAAGGAGGAAGGCAAAGGUGAGUCUACCGAUUCGAAGAAACAAGACUCAAAAUUGGAUCCUGAUAAAGACCCAAACGUGAAACCACCUUAUUCGUAUGUGGCUCUUAUCGCCAUGUCGAUCAAAGAUUCGAAGGAAAAGAAACUGACUUUAAGCCAAAUUUAUCAGUAUAUCAUAGAUCGGUUUCCAUUUUAUGAGAAAAACAAAAAGGGUUGGCAGAAUUCAAUACGACAUAACCUGUCACUAAACGAAUGCUUCUUGAAGAUUCCCAGAGAAGGAGGUGGUGAACGAAAGGGUAAUUACUGGACUCUGGAUCCUGCUUGUGAGUACAUGUUUGAAGAUGGAAAUUACCGAAGAAGAAGACGGAUGAAACGACCAUACAGGCAAAUGACUCAAUACCCUUACCCUGGCGGGUAUUUCGGCACAGAUUUAAGGUAUGGAAAUUACGGUAAUUCUUGUUAUUCAUCGCCUACCUGGCCUAUGCAUCAUCCCUCGUUAAGCUCAUCGUCCAUGCAGGGCAAUUGGCGCAACGCGAGCAAUUCCCUGUCUUAUCCAUUGUCGAUGAAUUCACAUAGUUCACUGAGCCCACUUUCAUCAAAUGAAGCCCAUAGCUUUGGCAGCAGCUACAUGCAAAGUUACAAUCAUAUUGGCCACCAAACAGGAGCCGAAUCUCCAUCAAUUAGCUCUUACAAUCCGUACCCAGUAACGACGCAGUACCACAAUCUUGGCUCGCCUUCGUAUGCUGGCUACAAAACGCCAAGCCUAGACUCUCAUAUGAACUAUUCAUGUUGGAACGGCAUGACAGGGCGAAGUUUGCAUGCAAAUAGUCCUGUUAUGUAGGUUUUAUUAUGUUUAAUGAAAAUAGGAAAUUCAGAAUACUGUAUAAGUUUUUAUUUCUGUACAAUAUGUAUACUUUACGGACAUGCUCACUAAGUUAUGAACUUCUAACUAUUUACCGCACAAAUACACCUAAUAAUAUCGUACAUUAUAUCGGCUAAUGGUAUUGUAAGUUAUAAGUGUUGUGUCGCUGCCGAUACGAUUAUAUUAAAAUCAAUAUCGUAUAUUUGCCAGUGAUAGGUUGGAUAGCUCUUUGAUUUAUUAAGUUUGACAACUGAAGUGGUUUUAAGGUUGUUAUCUGUUUGUUUUGACAGAGCAAAGCAAAUAAAUAGAAUUGGGCUUUAAAGAUCUGAACAAAACAUAAUUCAAUGAAAUUAAAUCAAAGAAUUAAACUAUCUGUUGCUUUUUCAGCCCCGAUUUUUGCAUUUUCCGGCAGAACUCUCCUCAAAUUGCGACUUGCUAUUAAAACUGCACACUUAGAAAUUCGAGUUGUGCAAAAUAUUUCCUUAAUCGAAAAAAGCAGAAAUGGUACUCUUGUAGUAGUUACCUUUUCUGGAGACAAUUUUGUGCUUCAGCAAGCUAUUCUUGUAUAUAAACGAUGAUUAAAGAAGAAUAAAUACGAGAAACUCUUAAGACAAAACGAUAUCUGCUUCAUAGUGCUGAUUUUCGUUGCUCCAAAGAUCAAUAUGUGGCCGUCUAUUAAAUAUAAUAUACAUUUGCUUAUUUGAAGCUGGCCUGUUAUUUAAAACGAUUCUUCCCCCAUAUCUCUGGCUUUUCAGUGAUCUGAUAUUUGCAUUUAGAAUGUGUAUAAUCCAUAUGUCCAACAAUAUUUCAUUUUGUAAGAUCCUCAUUUCUCGUCGUUUCCAUUUUAACAACAGCCGUUAGAAGUCAUCUGUUUUUGAUUGCUUGCCUUUUUCAAUGACGAAAAAUUUGAUUUUGAAGAUAACAUUGUCCAAAGACCCACGUUUAUUCACGAACUGGGUGUGCGUUUUUUGAUAGCUGACUUUCAAAGAAGCACCACAUUUUCAUGAUUGAUAUCCUUUCAUGAUUUAAAUCAAGGAGCCAUUUGAAGUUUUUCGAUAGAAAGAUAACCCAUGUGAUGCCUGUAGCUACAUCAGAGAGAAAAUGCGCUGUCGAUAAGCUUACAAUAAAAUCUUUGACAGAUUUUGUUUAAAAGGUCCUUUUUUGCAACUAAUGCUUUUGAUUCUAAAGAAAGACGCUAGAAAAUUGCCUUAUAGCUUUGCGUCAGAUGCCACUUUAGGCGAGCAGCCAAAUGCGUUAUAUUGAUGACCUGAUCACGCAUAGACAUCAGUGAUAUUCAAAAUGUUUCUUGUGUCUCAUGCAAUUAUUAUAUUUUGUAGUACAAAAUCCCUGUUCUAAAAUGUGAGUCUUAAAACUGCUGCAUCUGCAGUCAAGUUAAAAUAUCAGCAUGCAUUGCCGUUUUGAACGCUUCGGCCUUCACGAUAACAGUUUACGCCCGCAUAUUGACAUAUUGACCGUUAACUCGCGUCGUCCUUCCUUCCGAGUUCACUCCGAUCCCAAAAGCAACUUUAAGUUAGAUCGUCUUUGCUUGCAUACAGUUUAAAAGCAUCAUUAACAAGUUUUCAUUUAUUGCCAGCAACAGAAAACUUUAGUGUAGCUUGACUACUUUUUAGCACAUUAGCUUAGCAUAUUAAUUGUUUUUAUUAUUACCAAAAUAUUUCCUUAUCAACUGGAAGUUUUAAUAAACUUGGGUUCAUUAGCAUUUAAUUUAUUGUAGAUUAUAAUUACAAUAGGGACUUAUUGUCAUAACGUAUAAAACCUAUUUAUGUUCUUUGAUAUUCUUAAAAUUUUUAUUAGAUGCUUUGGCCAUAAAGUUAGCGCUUUUUCUCAAGACAAAAUUGUGGAUUUCCCUUAUUGCUAGGUUUAUUAAUCUUUCCCGAGCAAUAGUUUAUCGCUGCUGAAAAUUCUUCGACGAGUUUUACUAGCAGGCUUUCCAUGCCCUUAUUUCCCUAGUUACAAAUGCUCUGAUAAAAGUCAGAGCAUGAAUAAAGAUGAUAUCGUGAUAACAUGAAUUAUAACCUAGAAAGUGGCUUUUUGAUUUAUUUUCGGUCAAAUUUAUAUUUAUAUCACUAGCAAAGUCUUAUCAAGGAAAUAUUAGAUUUUGCAAGUAAGAAAAUGUAAAGUAUAUUAUCAUUAGAAAUAAUAUCUUUAACUACUAUUUGCUUCUCUCUAGAUGUCGACUCUAUUAUUUUAAAUGUGUAUUGUAAUGACAAAUCUGUAAAAAGCACAAUAUUUAUUUAUUGUUUCGCAGUCAUGUGAAUAUUUAAGUGUCAACUGUAUUUAAGUAUUAGACAAUGUUUUGCAAGUUGUUUAUGUUUAAAAUGAAUUUUAUGAAAUACAAACGAUUUGUUAUCGUUUGAGCUGGACGUA